CCCCAGCUUGGCUAUCUCCACGGCGAUCGCGACCCGGUCACCCAUUUGGCUACUGUUAUGUCAUCGCCUUGCGCCGCCCGGAAGUGAUUGUGCCUGCUUCCGGGUCAGCCGGGACGCCCAGACCUUCCAGCACCAGCCGAGUUAAGCAAACUGAUGAAGAGUCCACCCGCUGACCAUGGCGGUGUUUCACGAUGAGGUGGAGAUCGAGGACUUUCAAUAUGACGAGGACUCGGAGACGUAUUUCUACCCCUGCCCCUGUGGGGAUAAGUUCUCCAUCACCAAGGAAGAUUUGGAGAAUGGAGAAGAUGUGGCAACGUGCCCUAGCUGCUCUCUCAUUAUAAAAGUGAUUUAUGACAAAGAUCAGUUUAUGUGUGGAGAAACAGUCCCAGCACCUUCAGUCAACAAAGAGUUAAUUAAAUGCUGAAGAAGCCCCUGAAACCCAAAUCCUGAGCAGCAGGGAAAGAGCCCAGGUGGCUGGAUCAAGUGUAAACAACCUCUUCACAGGACAGCUGUCUGUGGCUGGCUCUUCCAUGUGGAUCUCCAUCAGCCGCUGAAUUCAUCAUAAACUCAUGAGCCUGUGACGUGUCAGACCUGGAUUUCAUGUUCCCAUGGAAUUGGAAGGAUUCCUAAUUGUCCAUCUGAAUUUGAAGGAAGAGCCUUAUAAACUGGUGCUUCUCCUUUCUCUCAGUUGCAUCAUUUCAGUAUCUUAAAACGAAUUCAUUUUCUGAAAAUAGCAUCAUCCACCCUAAUCCUGAAGCUCUUUUUAAAGAUUUAUUGUUUUAUUUUUAA